CGCGGGGCAGAGUCGCGCGGCGGCCGGCAGCGGAGACCCACCGGCCACGGCUCACCACUCACACUCAGUGCACGCGCUGCCUCGCCGCCGCCAGCCUGCGUGGCUCUCGUUACCACGCACUCGUACGCCGCAGAUCCCUGUCAUAUUCGUCCGUUACUCGAUCGAAAUCUAACUUUAUAUUACUAAAAGAUAUUUUUUUUAUUUACGAAUACGAUUUUACUAGCGUGUGUAUUUGUCAACUCUGCCUUUGUUUACAUUUGCAUAUGUGCCAUUUUCGCUGAUCUUAACGGGCUUUUCCAAGUGUACUGAAAGUGAAGUGUAUAAUUGUAUAGCAUAACUGAAGGAAAACUGCGAACUGAUUUAUAAGGUGUUGCGCACGAGUCGCGUGGCGCGAGGGUGUGAUGCGAGGGGCGCGCAGCGGCGUGCGCCGGCGCCGCGAGUAGCCGCGACCAUGCCCGGCCCGCGCUCCACACAUGCCGUUGCCUGUCUUCUGCUGCUUGCGAUGUUCUCCGACUACAUCGUUGCCGAUGGCUCCAUUUACGGCGUUAUCAAAGGCCAUCGAGCACCGUGUUCAAAUGAAGGCGAGACCGUUCGUCUCCAGGAUGAGAGACUCGAGCAGGACUGGAGCAGCUGCUUCCGUUGUAUGUGCAAAAACGGCUUUGUGGAGUGUUGGAAUGGUGCAAAGGAGUGCGGGAUAAUGAAAGACUGCGCUGUCGAAAUGCCACGAGAAGGCUGUUGUGCACGAUGCAAAGGAUGUUGGUAUAAUGGUACGGAAUAUGCCUCUCACACCGAGUGGAAUGAAGACGGGAGGCUGUUCCGCUGCGAAGCUGGCGUGGUGACUAUGUCACGACCCGAGUGCUACGCUCCUUGUGACAAUCCUAAGCAUCAGAGGCAUACGCAUUAUAAUUGUCCAGUUUGUGAAGAAUGUGUCAUAAAUGGACAACGUGUGUGGGAAGGUCGAGAUGUGCGUAUACCAGAAGAACCCUGUUUGUCGUGUCGAUGUAUGCGGGGGACAUUGUCCUGCAUUAAGCGAGCCUGCCCUGUUCUACCCUGUAUCAUCUCUCAGCAGUACACACCACCUGGAGAAUGCUGCCCCAAAUGCACCCAUCCCACUGCGGAUAAAAUUCUUCCAAUUUCAGGAUUUUCUCUACCGAAACCAUGCAUAAUUGGCAAGGAAUAUCAUGAUCAUUUGAUUCCUUUUCGAGUGGAUCCAUGCACACAUUGUACUUGUAUGAAUGGCACAGCAGUAUGCACGCGACAGACGUGUCCAGUGCUGACUUGUGGAGCUCGUGCACUACCACCUCUUCCUGGUAAAUGCUGUCCAGAGUGCCCAGAGAUAGAAGAAGCACAGACAGCCUGUGUUAUCGCUGGAAAAACUUAUCAGGAUGGAGAGAUAUGGCAGUUAGAUGCUUGCAAGUCUUGUGAGUGCCACGGAGGAGAACCACGAUGUGCUAUGGAACGAUGCCCGACCUCAAGUUGUGCGCCCGAUCAGACACUCCGACAGUUGCCUGGGCAAUGUUGCCCUAAGUGUGUAGAUAUCGAUGGAAUAUGUACUGUCUUCGGUGAUCCUCAUUACAAAACAUUUGACGGAAAAUUUUACAGCUUUCAAGGUUCUUGCAAGUACCAAUUAGUUUCUGACUGUAAAAAUCACACUUUUUCUAUAAGAAUAUCAAAUGAUGCCAGAAAUACUUCACAUUCAUCUUGGACUCGUACUGCAACAUUGCGUAUUGGAUCCACCAAGGUCAAUAUGGGAAAGAAAAUGCGCAUCAAAGUAAACGGGCAGAGAAUAGCCCUUCCUUACAUAAUUAAAGGAGUUGCUGAAAUAAGUCGAAGUAAUGGAUCUGUUCUUUUGAAAUCUGAAAUAGGGGUACAAAUGUUAUGGGACGGUGACGGAUUCUUAGAAGUGACUGUUUCGAGUUCAUAUAAAGGAAAGUUAUGCGGGUUGUGUGGGAACUUUAAUUCAGUCGCUAGAGACGACAUGAGAGCGCGUGACGGAAGACUUUUAAAUGAUACUUGGAGGUUUGGAACUUCGUGGCGUGUAGGCGGGCAUCGUGCUUGCACAAGACGUCCGGAGCGACCUAAUGGGAUCUCACGAUGUCGUAAGUCGAAGCACACGAAAGUACAACGACUGUGCCGUGCAUUUGAAGCUAAUGAGGCAUUUUCAAAAUGUGUGGGUAAAGUUAACCCUCAUAAUUAUGCAGAAGCAUGUGUUCUGGAUGCAUGUAGCUGUUCAGGUUUUCGAUGUCAUUGUGCAGCAUAUAGAGCAUAUGCAAGAGAAUGUACACGUGUUGGUGCAGAGCCUCAAGAUUGGUUGCGUGCCGCUUGGUGUGAUGGCCCACCCCCACCAUGGCUAAGUCGCGGUCGUAUGGGUGUCGGUCGCUCAGUCAAACAUAGAAAGACCGACUUAUUAGCUUUGGGUGCAAUACCUAAGCGAAAUAACAGCCGUUCCCGGCCUCCACCUCCAAUUCUACAUUAAUAUACUAGCAUCGGCAACACAAUUACUAGUCAAACCAGCUGCCAUUAUGGCAAUUAUGAGUAUGUAAACAGAAAGUGUCGAGUUGAAUUGAAUUUGAGUUGUGUCAGUAAGGUGCGACAAUAUUAGGAACGAAGAUCUAUUUACAUAAACAGUAUUCGUAAUCUACUUAUAGUUAAGUGAACAAGCUCUGUUAUAAUAUUAUACGAUUUGUAGACCACCUGUAGCUUACUAGUACCUCGCCAAAUCAACCAGCAUCAACAUAGUUAUAUAAAUGUAUAAUCAUUCCUGUAUAAUGGUUAAUGAAUGAGGUUAUGGUUGAAGCUCCUCUUUUUAUACUUUUUUUUUAUAACAAAGAGCGAUAAGUAUAAUUGAUUUACUUACAAAUUAUUUGUGUCGAUGUUAAUGUUUGUAUUAGAUAAAAAUGUGCUGGUUUUAUGUAUUGGUGGACGCCUAGAUCGUUGUUCAGCUAGAUGUGGUAAAUGUUUUAUAAUUUAUUACAAUAUAAUUCUAAACCUAUCAACAAUAUGUGAUAAUUAGCUUUGAAUAUGACUUCAGACAGGAGACGUUUGGUUAACAUAGUUCAAAAUGAGAUCUCAUCUGUAGUUAGUUUACGAAAUCUUAGAUCUAGCCGAAGCCAAGAAGCUAACGAGAUUGUACGGAUCUUGUGUAUAUACUUUGAAUGAAGUCUAAUUCAAUGUUGUCUCAUAUAAACGAGCUCGUUCAAUUUACUGUCGAAAUGUAUACGCUAAGACGAGCGGCUCUGUUACCCUUGUGUUAACGAACAAAUAAUUUAUAAACGUUAUAAUUGUACAUAUUUUGAUCUAUUCCACUAAACAUAAUAUGUAACUAUUAUUACAUAAUUAGCUUUAGUAUAUUAAAUUAAGACUAUUAAAAAUUUAGUUUUUAAAUGCGUUACCAAUGAAUUUUAUUAUUGACAUUGAUUUUUAACGUUAAAUAUAACGUGAUCUGUUGAUUUGCUUCACGUUGUAUGCUUAUCGCAUUUGUAUGUCAUUAUGUGUUAGUUCACAGAAGUGAAUGUACUUAGUGCCAUUGGAUCUUCAGUAGUGUAAGGUGACUGAAGCUACACUGUCGGAACGAACUAAAGAAUGAAUGAAAAAAAAUAAAAAUCAACAAAAUUGUUAUAACUCUAUUUAUUUUUGGUUAAUUUGAACCGAAAUAAAUGCUUAUUAGACACAUGUAUUCAAAAUCACUUCGAUGGAUCCGAUAGUUGUAGACACAUGCCGCCACGAUUGUGAUAAAUGUAUGCCUGUAGGCAUCACUUGGCAAAAAGCACAUAAUAAUUAUGUACUUAUAUAUUUAUCUAUAUGUACCCAAAUUUGCUAUCUUUUUUUAUAAUAUUUAUUUCAAAUGUAAACGUACUUUUAUAAUGGUACCUAUAUAUAUAUUGUUUAUAAACAUGACAUAAUAAAAUACUAGAAUAGAAAAGGAUACUAGAAUUUUCGAUGAGGUUAUGCGAAAUUUGACUUGAAGUGAACAUUGAAUAUUUGGAUGAAAUGUUUCAUUUUAUUUUUUAAAUUUUAAUUGGGCUAUGGAAUUAUGAAAAGCGGCUUAGAAUUUCCUUUUAAGUCAAGACUUCCUAUUGCAUACAAACUUUAAAUGAUUUUAUUAAAUUCCUAUUCGUAA